AUGCACGCCCGCCGUGCCAACCACCUCUCCAUCGUCUCGCCCUCGACCUCCGCCCGCCCGCCCGCCGCUCUCUUGACCCCGCGCACCCCUCACUCGGCCCUCUUCUCACGCUCUCCACCGCCCUCGCCGGGCUUACCUCCCCCACCGCGCCAUGCCAAGGCUUCGUCUUCCGCCCACGCGCGCAUCGUCAAGAAGCUCCUGGCCGUCUUUUGCAGUCUUACCGUGCUAGCUUGGUUCGGCAUCAGGCACUGGUGCACCAGCCGGCCUCAUGCCUACCAGGGCGAGUACGAAAUGGUCGGCGACAGCCUGCUUCCGGAAGAACCGUCGGUGGUUGCCGUGACAGACCCGCGCGGCAAGAUGCUAUGGACCCUUUCCUUGCCGGCACAUCUGGAGUUCCCGUUGCGGCCAAUUCAAUACCAAGAGCUGUGCCGCCAAGUCUCCGAGGUGUCUCUCGCUGAUCAGCGGGGCUACUAUUACACUGAUCCGAAUUUCGUCGACGUUCAAGAAGCGAUGGAGCAAGGUCUGUUGCCUCAGUCGCAGGAACACGUCAAAAUGGUGUCAGCAGUCGGUUGGGAUGAGCAUGCCAUGGGUGUGAUGGGCAGUGAAGAGGUGAAGCUCUGCGAGACUAGUUUAACCUUUGUGAUGGAGACGUCAGAAGCGGGUAUGGGCAAGACCCUAAUGUCUCUGUGGAUGGCAUAUGGGCUGGCGCAAAAGGAGGGGAGGGCCUUUUUCGUGGAUGAUACCCGAUGGCCGUACGGCAAUUAUACGAGCUACUUCGCGCCGCCACCAGCACCUUCUUGCUUGCCACCACUGACCAACCAGGUCGUGCCAUGCCCGCAUAAUGCAAGACACCUUCUUGUUUCCGCCGCCACAACGUCUUGGACUUUUGGAUCCUCUUUUAAUGAGGAGUACCAAGACACCAAGAAAAGUGCCGUUCAACGCCAGCAUCGCAUUUUUGGGCUCUUGCGCCAAGGAUACGAGGCCCUGUUCAACCUUCGGCAUGACGAUGCGGGCUAUGUCCUGGAACGGGCACAGAAUCUCUACUCGCCAGUCCAGGAAGGAGGCAACAUGAGCAUCGGUCUUCACGUUCGUCGCGGAGACCGUCACCCGUUCGAAUUGGAAUACUCCAAGGAUUACAUCCCAUUAGACCGCUAUUUAUUCGCUGCCCGUGAUGUCCUUGUUACACACCAUGGACAGUCGCUGUCUCUAAACGCCUCUUCCACCCGAGAAUCCAAGGCUGCAGCAGCGAGCGGCUCUGCCUCCAAUGUCUUACAAGCGGUAUCGAGCACUGGUGCAUCUUUGCCGAGCGUAUCCUCCAAGAUCAUUUUGGCGUCUGAUGACCCGGACGUAUACAGCGCAGUUGAAGUUGGCGAUGCGAUUCGCGCUCAAGAUCGUAUUGUCCUUGCCAGCAAAACCACACUUGAGGCAACUGGCGCCAAAAACAAAAACAGAUACAUCGAUGAAAUAUCCGGUUGGGAGGGUGGCUUUUUCCGCGAUGUUUUCUGGAGCUUGGGUAAACCUUCAAAGGUUGCCUUGGAUGUAGAGAAGAACCUGGAGGCUUCGCAGGAAGCCAUGCGUAUGCGUGAGCUGGUCGGACGAUCAUAUUUACUAGAUCUGGCCGUUCUAGCAAAGGCUGAUACGGUAUUAUGCACUGUAAGCGCGACUGGUUGUCGGCUGCUGGCUGUUAUGAUGGGGUGGGAGAAAAGCGUCGAGCAGGUAGCUUGGAGAAAUAUUGAUGGGCCAUUUUAUUGGAGCGGCAUAGAGUAUAAUUAA